AUUUCACACUGAACCUAUUAUUCCUCCGAGUUUUCAUCUAAAAAAAAAAUCCCCCGAUGUUAAAUCACUUCGAAGUGAGUCACGACGACUCCUCCUUUCUUCGCUCCAGCAUGAAAGUGAAUAAUGAAAAUUUCUCGUCGGAGAAGAACAAUUUCAGAUCGUCAGAGCAAUUGUGGCCCAAAAUUUCAGCUCGUAGGAUCACAGACAAUAUUUCAGACAUCAGUGAACCUAUUUGCGACGUCUUCCUUGGUGGAACACCCAGGAGAAGUCACUCCAUCAGUCGACCACACUCCAUCACCUCUAAUGAAAAAAAUUACGAGAGAACCGUUUUCGAUUAUCAAUACCCAAGAGUCUCCCCUCAACAUUAUCCCCCGAGGAGACGACCUGGGUGCCUGGAUCCUCGAUUUAAAAAAGUAACAUCGAUGAAACAACCAGCACCAGAUUCACCAGGUAAUUCAGCAGAAUUAAAUUCUCCGGGUGGCGAAGUUUUCAGGAAUAACUGGGAUUUAAUCCAGUGUAAAGGCAAUCCGAUGAAGCUGAAGAGGAUUGAGAGUGCAACACAAACAGCACCAGUAGAUUUAUCAGGAUUGGAGGGAUGUGAAGUGGAUUCGAGGGAUAAAAUAACAAUGGGAAUUCAAUCAGUCGAGCGAGGUGAUUCGAGAGUUAUCGAAAAAUCCGAGGUAGAGAAUUCCGAGGAUUUGAAAAAUCCCAUUUCCAUUUCGAAACUCACGAUCGUAUCCAAUGCCUCCAUCAAUGUGCAGUCAGAGGAAUCUUGUGAUUCUCGAGGGACAAAUAAGGUAUUCAUACCCCUGGCGACGAUGAGUUACGAGAUAUCCCCUCAACCCCGCGGAAAAUUCGACGUGACACCCCAGUUAUCAAUCCACUACCCCCAGUGCGAAUCCCAGGGUAAAAAUUCCCCCGAUCACCCGAAAGUUCUCCAAAAAUUUGAAUCUGGGGAUUCAGAAGUCGUAGACAACGAGAGAAUGACUGACGACAGUAGUUCCCAGGGCAACAGAAAUGAUGGAAAUAAAUUAGAGAAUUUAUCGCAGCCCUCAAAUUCCAGUGAUGAGAGGAUUCCAGUAGAGACCCAAGAUUUGCUGAUGAAGAAUUACUGGGAGAAUUAUAUUUUUUCACGGAGAAAUUCCAGGGGCGAGACUCCGAGAUUCGAUAAUCACGAGAGGAUGGGGGCACCUGAGACCAAGAGGAGGAGAUCCUCGGAAUCCCUCGAGGUCAGGACCCUGGAACACUGCACUGUUCUCUCCUCCAUGAUCAAUAAUACGAGGGAAUUCCUCGGGAAAUCUGACGAAAUCAAUGUCAAGGGAUCACUGGAAAUUCCAGAGAAUUGUGGAAAUAAUUCUUUCCCUUUUACUCCUGUCGUAGAGGGGGAAGAAUUGAAGAAAUGCGAGAGUCUGAGGAAAAUCCCCAAGGUCAGGACUUUUGUUCUGUGUGGAAUCGCUAUUUACUUCCUGAUAAUUAUCGUUCAGGCGUUCUACGAGAAUAUCUACUACGAGGAUAACGAAGACGUCAAUUACGUCGAGUACUGUUUCAAUUACGCACUGCAGUCUUUUCAAGAGGCAUUUCGACAAACUUUCGACGUCAUGAACAGUCUGCCAUUGCAACCAGUUAAAUUGUAAAUAAACAAUAAAAUGAUGGAUUAG